AUGACGACUAUAGACAUGCCACGGAGGUGUGGAACCGUUUCGAUUGCUCAACCGGACACUGGUAAUACGGGGCGAAUAUAUGAAGUAGAUGUAUCGUUUCCAGAAGAGUUGCAUGACGAGCGCAAUGACUUGCCGUUCUUGCCUGGCAACGAUGUACCGCCGGGUUCCAAAGAGACCAAACUCAUGGCCACUUUGAAACCCAAACAACGGUACGUCGUACACUAUGUCAACUUGAAACAGGCGAUCGCACACGGACUGCAAGUCGAUAAAGUGCACCGCGUUUUAGAGUUUCAACAAAGUGCUUGGUUGAAACCAUACAUUGAGUUGAACACUGAAAUGCGGAAAAAGGCGGCAAAUGCUUUUGAAAUAGCAUUUUUCAAACUAAUGAAUAAUGCCGUCUUUGGGAAAACAAUGGAGAACAUGCGGAAUCGCAUCCGCAUUGAGCUAAUCUCCAGUCCCGAACGUCUAAGCAAGCUCGUAAACCAACUAACCUUCAGCGACUGUAUCAAAUACGACGAAAGGUUGUGCGCCGUCAUAAUGGACACAAAGAUGGUCAAGUUUAUCAAACCAAUAUACGUCAGCUUAGCAGUGCUUGACAUUAGCAAGACGCUAAUGUACAAGUACUCCUACGACGUAUUUCAACCACAUUAUGGCAGUGCAAUCGAAUUGGUUUACAUGGAUACUGGUGAGUACAACCAUACAAAAUAA